CUGGCACCCUUCCCCCAGGCACCUGGCACCAUCCAUCUCCCGCUGCGGCCAGCAGCCGGACAUCCGCUCGGCCAGGCCAGACAGGGAGGCAGCCAGGGCCUGGCACGGCACGGGUGCACCGUGGUCACCGCAUGGGGAACCUGCCGGGGCGGCUGGCCCUGCUUGGGGCACUGCUGCUGACGGGUGAGCCGGACCAUGGGGUUUGGGGCAUGGGGUUGUCAUGUUGCUGGGGGUUUCUGGGUCCCCUCAGUGGGAUCAGUGAGGGUGGUGAUGCAGGGUCCAAGCUGGGCAUAAGCAUCCCUAGGGCUGCAUUUUGGGUAUUGCCUGGCAGAAUCCUAUCACUGAGCAUGCCCUGCUCUUCUGUCCUGGCUGUGCCACCUGGAGCCGUGUCCCUAGCUGGGCCAUGUGUGUGUGUGUCUGUCCGCAGUGUCGCUGUGUCUGUGUCUCUCUGUGUGCGCCUGUGUACACAGUGACACUGCAUCUGUGACCACGUCCCUCCAUAUAUGGGUCCAUGUCCACAUGUGCCACUGUGUGUGCAUCCACCUAUGUGCACAGUGCCACCAUGUCUGUGCCCAGGGUUCUCAUGUUCGUGUGUCCCUGUGUGUACUGGCUCUGUAUCUGCGUGCCCCUCUGUGUCUGUGCUCAUGUCCUUGUCCCAUGCCCAUAUGUGCCCCUGCAUGUGUGUCAUUCCCCCAUGUCCAUGCCCCUGUGCAGCACAGACAUGCAGUGUCCUGGCCUCCUUCAGUCUUUUCCAUCCUUACCCCACCCUGCCCUUGCUGAGCAUCCCUGCGGGGUGGCACUAGCCCCAGUAGCCCACCCUGGUCUACCUGACUCGACAUCCCCAGGCGGGCUCUGUGUCAACCAGGAGGAGCGGCUCAUCCACUACCUCUUCGAGGAGAAGGGCUACAACAAGGAGGUGCACCCCGUCACCUCCAGUGACGAGGUUGUGGAUGUCUACCUGGCCCUCACUCUCUCCAACCUCAUCUCAUUGAAAGAGGUAGAUGAGACACUCACCACCAACGUAUGGCUCGAGCAUGGCUGGACUGAUUACCGCCUGCAGUGGAACAAGUCCGAGUUUGGGGACGUUGAGGUGCUCCGCCUGCCACCAGACAUGCUGUGGCUGCCUGAGAUAGUCCUAGAGAACAACAACGACGGGCUCUUCGAGAUCGCCUACUACUGCAACGUCCUCAUCUACAACACCGGCUACGUCUACUGGCUGCCGCCCGCCAUCUUCCGCACCACCUGUGCCAUCAACGUCGACUUCUUCCCCUUUGACUGGCAGAACUGCACCCUCAAAUUCAGCUCACUAGCGUACAGCGCCCUGGAGAUCAGUAUGCACUUGAAGACAGAAAACGACCCAGAGACGGGCAAGGAUUACCCCGUGGAGUGGAUCAUCAUUGACCCCGAAGGCUUCACAGAGAACGGGGAAUGGGAAAUCAUCCACCGCCCGGCCCGCAAGAACAUUCACCCUGAGAACCCUCCUGACAGCUGUGAGCACCAGGACAUCACCUUCCACCUCAUCAUCAAACGCAAGCCGCUUUUCUAUGUCAUCAAUAUUGUCACGCCCUGCAUCCUCAUUGCCUUCAUGGCCAUCCUCGUCUUCUACCUGCCCGCUGAUAGUGGUGAGAAGAUGACCCUGGUGAUCUCUGUGCUCCUGGCCCAGUCUGUCUUCCUUCUGCUCAUCUCCCAGCGCCUGCCCGCCACCUCCCACGCCAUCCCGCUCAUUGGCAAGUAUCUGCUUUUUAUCAUGCUGCUGGUGUCAGCCAUGGUGGUGAUCUGUGUCGUGGUCCUCAACUUCCAUUUCCGCACCCCCAGCACCCAUGUCAUGUCCGACUGGGUCAAAGAGGUCUUCCUGGACACCCUGCCCCGCCUGCUGGGCAUGUCACAGCCGUCCGAGAGCCCGGCGGGUGCCCCGUGCAUCCGGCGCUUCAGCUCAGCCGGCUACAUCGCCAAGGCAGAGGAGUACUUCAGCGUCAAGUCCCGCAGCGAGCUCAUGUUUGAAAAGCAGUCGGAGCGUCAUGGCCUGUCCAGCCGUGUCACCCCUGCCCGUUUGGCACCGCCAGGCACAGAUACGGGCGAGGAGCAACUCUAUGAGCACAUAAAACCCAUAAUUGAUGGUGCCAACUACAUCGUUAAGCACAUGCGGGAGAAAAACAGCUACAACGAGGAGAAGGACAACUGGAACCAAGUGGCACGGACCAUGGACCGCCUCUGCCUCUUCCUCAUCACCCCCUUGCUGGUGGUGGGCACUCUCUGGAUCUUCCUCAUGGGCAUCUACAACCACCCCCCUCCACUGCCCUUCGCUGGAGACCCUUAUGACUAUCGAGAGGAGAACAAGCGCUUCAUAUAGCUGGGGGGUCCCAUGUGUCAGUCCCCCGCUCCUUCCCACUCACCCACCUUGGCUCGUGGAAAUAAAGCUGGUGCUUCUUGCCACAGGGUGCUGA